AUGGGCUCUGCCAUUCAAUUACUGUUUGUGAAGGGAAUGAAUCAGAGAUUUAGACACUAUUAUGGAUUGAAAAAUAAGAAUUGCACUGACAUUAUGUGUGUUUUUGAUACAAUCACAGAUUUGAAUAUUACCAUCAAUUAUGCAUUGACACUUCCAGAACGAGACGGAUGGUUGUAUGAUAAUGGCAAGCCACAAAUGGUGUGUAGUGUCAUGUACAUGAAUUUGCUCCAAGCUGCAGGAAUAUUUGGCAAUUUGACUGGCCAAUUUGAAAGCGCUGAAUUUACUCCUAAGGAUGUUUAUCAGUUGGACAUUUGGGACAAGAAUUGGCAACGACCAAAUCAAUGCAACGCCAAUAAUGAUAAUUACAUGUUUUGUCAGGUGGCAGGUCCUUGGUAUUGGCCAAUUAAUGACUUUUCGAGUAUCAAGCCAUACCCUCGCAUGAACGAACGGUGUGGAGCUGAACCAAUGGAUUACAAGCGUCAACCAGACUAUUGCUAA